GCUAAAGUUAAAUGCUGUCAAAGAAAAGUCGCAGGGAGAAAAUAGCAAUUAAAGAAAAAAUGGGUAUAAAAGGUUACAAGUAUGGCUGUGUUUAUGAUAAUUUGACUUCUGACUGCAAUAUAAUAGGUUGUUAUCGGUUGCUAUGCGUCACAAAGUUGUGUGUCCUCGCUUGCCGUUGCCGAGAGGAAACGGAAAUAAAUCUUCUAAAGCGCACAUUUCUACUACUGUGUAAAAUAAAGUCGUUUUUUGUACAUUUCAGAGCUACAACUGGAAACAUUUAAGACAUUUGUAGGUGUUGCUAGACUUAUGUGACAUUUUCCCGUCUUGAAUCCUGCAGGCGUGUGUUUUAACAGCACUACGGCUGACCACUGGCGCUCAUCCUCACAAGGGAGUGACACAAACACAAUGGGAGGACAGAGGAAUCAUUGAUAACACCGCUAUACAUCUAUGCUUUUAAACAAGCCUACUACUGAAGCGGCACUAAUGUGGAACUGGUAUUUUAAGUGCAGGCCAGUGAUGCAGUGAAGAAUCGAUUGGCUCUUUAAUACAUGCAUCUGAAUCUGCAGCAGGGAAUUAGAAGAGUAUUAUCUUAAGAUUUCAGAUCUGUCCUUACAAUGGAUUUCCCUUUCGACCUAAAUGCGCUUUUCCCCGAGAGAAUUUCAGUGCUGGAUAACAACUUGAGUGCAGGUCGGAAAGCGCAUGGGAGACCAGAUCCUCUUCUUCAGAUCACCACAGUUAUAGAUGAGCUGGGAAAAGCCUCCUCUAAGGCUCAGCAGCUGCCUGCACCUAUAACCAGUGCUGCAAAGCUCCAGGCCAACAGACAUCAUCUCUACCUCCUGAAAGAUGGGGAACAGAACGGUGGGAGGGGCGUUAUAGUUGGAUUUCUGAAGGUUGGCUACAAGAAGCUCUUUUUACUCAACCAACGGGGGGCGCAUUUGGAGACCGAGCCAUUGUGCGUGCUGGAUUUCUAUGUGACAGAGACCUUGCAGAGACAUGGCUACGGGCUUGAACUCUUUGACUUCAUGCUGAAACACAAACGGGUGGAGCCUGAGCAGAUGGCGUACGAUAGACCUUCUCCUAAAUUCCUGUCAUUUCUAGAGAAGCACUAUGAUCUCAAAAUCAGUGUGCCUCAGGUGAAUAACUUUGUGGUAUUUGAUGGCUUCUUCCAGAGUAGAUCAGGAACACCUUCCUCCCCUCUGACGGAUCAGGGGAUGUACGGAUUUUUCGGUCCAAUUGAGAAAAGUUCCCCCAAAAAAGCCAGAGGGAGAGAUCAAACCAUAUUCACUAAUGGAAAGAGAAGUGGUACGGGAGGAGCAGAGGGCUCUCCCCUGGCCAUUCGUUCGCCCUGUGGGUCCCCCCCACUCUCCUCCUCUGCUUCCAUCAUCUCCUCAAUCCCGUUCGCUCAGUGUGGGAUCCUCCCCCAGCCGGGCCCCCCACCGUCCCGCCGUGUCCCUGGGGCUCCAGCAGGGUCAGACCCCUUCCUCCCAACUCAACGACAGCUGCAGGACAAAGCGCACCAGCCAUCAGGGUCUAGUUGCCAGGAGCAACCUCUACAGUCGCCAUAUCAACAGCCGAGACCUCGGGCAAUUAUUGGCGGAACAACAGAACCCCUUGAAGCUUCCAGCUGUCGUGUGUGCUCCUCAGGGCUGAAAGCAGAGCUCUGUGAGAGAGUGUGUGACACAGGGGCAAAGGCAGAUGCAGUGGAACACAAACACACUUCAGAAAGACCGCAUCUUCAAGGCCAGGUUGUUGCCCUUCCAACACUUGCUGCCCCCAAGAAAGAUCAUCCUCAGGAGCAGACCUCCAUAGCACCCUUGGAGCGCAAAGAAGAGCAAUACAGUGAUCUGAAGACCAAAGUGUCACAGAACAGAAAAGAGGAUUGGAGGAAAGGUGGAACGGCUGAGAUCUCGAGGGGCGGAGGGAGAGGCGAAUGGUCUUGGACGGUUGGGGAGAGCCGUUGUACGGCUCAGUGGGUCCGACAGAAACAAGAGUAUCGCAGCACGAGGCCCUGGUGACGAGCCGCCUUCAAAGCUGUUAAGAAAUGAACUGUUGGACAUUGCAAAGGAAGCUAGAUGUGAGAAUAAUAAAGGGGAAAUGAUUUAAAGAAUUUUUAAUAAACCACAAAAGUGAAAAAAGACCUUUAAUGAAAAUAACAUACCGUAAGCAGCUAUUUGUAACUCCAUUAGAUUUGUGCUUUUAAGACUUUUUUUUUUUUUAAACCAGUCCUAUUUAUAAAACUUCAGUGAUUCAUUUUAUAGCUUGUGCUUUUUUUAAUCACAAUUUUUUUAUAAUGUUUUUCAAAGAAAAGUACAGUUUUUUUUCCAUGGAAAAUUAAAUGAAAUGGUUCAAAUUG